AUGGCCACAAGAACUCUCGUAGUCGGAGGAACCGGUGGCAUCGGCUACGCGAUAGCCUCGCGCCUCGCUGCCGAGUCCUCAUCCUCCACUGUCAUCAUCAGCGGUCGCAACAAGCCACAGGACAUUCCUCACGCCAACAUGGAGUUCCGGCCGCUAGACGCGUCGUCGAUGCGCGCAAUCAAAGACUACACGACCGCAUACAAGGCUACUAAGCCGCCAGCACUGGACUACCUCGUCCUCAGCCAGGGCAUCGGCACCAUGGCGGGCCGCACCGAGACAGCUGAGGGCAUCGAUAACAAGAUGGCGCUCCACUUCUAUGGCAAGCAGCUGCUAAUCCGCGAGCUGCUGCCGGUUCUCAAGGACGAUGCCAAGAUCCUCAUCGUGCUCGACGGAAAACGCGGCAAACCAUCCGACCUCAUCUGGGAUGACCUGGAUCUCAAGUCCAACUUUAGCCUCGCCAACGCGGCCGCCCAUUGUAUCUCCAUGACGGACGCCAUGGUGCAAGCCUUUGCGACGCAUCAAGCGGCGGAGAACCCAGCAAGCAAGAGACACUUUGUGCACGCUUUCCCUGGCUUCGUGCGAACCGAGAUCUUCAAGAACCUGCCGUGGUAUUUCAGGGCCCCAGCGAAGGCCAUCGGCCCUUUGCUGGGUGUGCAGCCUGACACGUGCGCCGAGAGGCUCAUCAGCGGAACACGCGAGCGGGCGGCGGACGGCGACAAGCUCUGGAGUUUCAUUGAUGAAAAGGGCCAUCUGAUCUCGAACAAGGCAAGCUGGACCGAACAGCAGAUCAAGGAUGUCGAAGAGCAUACGUGGAAGAUCAUCGAUGGUGCGCUGAACACGAAGGAUUGAGAGGCAACUGGGGGAAGGAAGUUGGGUGGAGACAGGAAUCAAGCUCGCGAUGUGUUUGAGCCUCUGAGACCAAUAACAUAGGGUUUUCAGGUGUGUUUUCAAGUCUAAUAUUGUUGUUUAUACCCGGCUAGCGUCGUCUGGUUGGAUUGGGAGUGUAGGUCAAGCAAAUUUUGAACCAAGGGACACGGCGGGCUUUGAGUAAAUUAUCCGAUGGCCAAAUGCUUCUUUUAUCCCGAGAACUCAUACGACGAGCUUGUUCAUCCCCGUAAAUAAGGCUGAGGCACACCAACUCCAGAGACACGGCUCAAUAGACCCAACAACCAUCACUGGAGUCGUGGAAACCCCAUUUCCUGAGCGCCUUGUCUAGCUAGCUAGCCAUGCUUGCCCAGUGGCAUGAGAGCAUCUCAUAGCGACACACGUUAGCCUUGGGUGCCAUGAGGCUUUCAUCCUCUCUUGUGCAGCUCUGCGUCGAGAUUCAGAAGAAUCACCUGGAGGUCCUUUUCUUCCAUCUCUGCCAAACCGCAGAGACAUAGAC